GGAAGCAUCGAACAAUACAGUCUGCGUCCAAGAACAAAAGAGUUGGAACCACUGGUAUGUGGUGUGUGGACCUAUCGGGCUAGAGUCAUCUGACGUGUACUUUAGAUUAAUUGAUUGCUGGAUUUGAUUAUAAAAGCGCGUUGAUAAACUCGGAUGCGUUUCAGUUACAAAAUAAAGCCGAUUGAAUAAAGUAGUGCAAAAUGUCGACGGUGGAGCAACAAGUGGCCUACAUAAAAAAAUAUGUCAUUUAUGACAUUUUAAAAUACUUUGGCAAAGACUAUACCGUAGUUUCUCACACCGUCGAUUUCACCAAUGGCAUCGGUUUCAUGUCGACACUGUACACAGUGGAAUUGAAGCUGCAGCUCGACGAGCGAAUCGAGAAUAAAACCCUUGUGGUUAAAUUUAUGAAGGGUUCACCGGAGUUCCGUGAGACGAGUAAAUCAUACACUCAAUUUGCGAAUGAAGUAUACGCAUACGCUGAAGUAUUGCCAGCCUAUGAGCAUCUGCUGCGGAGCAGUCAUUUGAAUACGGAUAUCGUGUCCGAAUUUGUGCCACAUCCCUUUUUGGCCAAAUUUGGUGUAUUCGAUAAUCUGAGCACCGAUCGUGAAUCAGUGCUGGCCUUAAAACAUCUUAAAAAUGAUGGCUAUAUACUCGAACCGAGCCUUUCACUGCGCCGGGAUCAGCUAGAAGCGAUGAGCGCCCUUAUUGGAAAAUAUCAUGCUCUUGGUUAUGCCACACGCAUAUUGCAACCGCUGGUGCAUGAACGUUUAAAGUCGGGUGUGGUACCUCUGCAUUUUACGACAGCCGAAGGGCAGCCAACUGGUGUCUAUGAUGUAUUGCAUGGUGUGGCCUUUGCUCGAUUCUUUGAGUAUUAUGAACGUCAAAAAUCCAUAGAGCAGGAUUCGGGAUUGGACGCUGCCCUAAAACGGCUAAAAGAAAAGUAUUUAGACAAACCGACUGAAUUGCUUGAACGCAUACGAACCCAAUCCUGUGAUGAGUCUCAACCGGAUAGCUAUUUUAGUACCAUUCUUCACGGCGACUAUAAUCGGAAUAAUGUUCUGUUCCACUAUGGCCCAGAUGGCAAAGUGGAUAACAUAAAAAUGCUUGAUUUCCAGGAACUCCGUUUUAGUACGAUCGCCUUGGAUCUUAGCUUUUUCAUGUACAUGAAUAUUCCCUUCGAAGAACGUUCAACGAUUUUCCCACAACUCUUAAAGUAUUACCAUAAGCAUAUGUAUGAACUGUUGGAGCUAGUUCUUCAACGCAAUCAAGGUGAAAAUUCUCUAACCAAGGAUCAGGUGGAUCAAUAUUUAUCAAACUACAGUUUUGAACGUUUUCAAUCUCACUUCAAGCGUUAUGCCUUCUAUGGUGUAAUGAUCUGUAUGCAUUUUUUGCCCUGGCUACUGGCUGAGAAGGAGGAAUGUGAUAAACUUGCUCAUCUAUUCGAAACUAAUAUGCAUGGACCAGAAUUUUAUCAGUUAUCAAUUGAUAUUGCUGGUGAUGCAGCAAAUCAAGAGAUAUUCAAUAUUGUGCGACAUGCCUAUGAGCAAGGAUACAUGGAUGAGAUCUAAUACUAUAUGUAUAUGUAUGUAUAUCGAUUAAAAUUAUUAUAUAUGCCACAAUAGUUAUUCAAAGAAUAAACAAAUUUACAAUUGGAGUGCAACUCCUCGUUUUAA